AAGUGGAGAUCUGUCAUGUUGCCAUGUGGCUUUUUCUUUUAUAAACGUGUGUUCCUGCACAGGGACAAGAACUGCACAGACAUCUGGGAGGCCUUUCAAGCAGUGCUGGCCAAGGACCCCUGCUCCGUGCUGCCCUCCGACUACGACCUUUACAUAAACCUCUCCAGGCACUCCAUUCCCAGAGACAAGUCCCUGUUCUGGGAAAAUAACCAGUUCCUUGUAGCCAGCUACUCAGAGAAUAGCCGUCGCUUCAUGCCUUUGGGCGAUGUUCUGUACGGCAGGAUUGUGGAUCUUCUGAGCUGGUGUCGGCAGGAAAAUGCCUCUGGACUCGAUUACCAAUCAUGCCCUGCAUCAGAGGAUUGUGAAGACAAUGCUGUGGAUUCUUUCUGGAAAAGGGCAUCCAUGCAGUAUGCACAGGACAGUUCUGGGGUGAUCCACGUCAUGCUGAAUGGUUCAGAGCCAACAGGAGCCUAUCCCAUAGAAGGGUUUUUUGCAGAUUUUGAAAUUCCCUACCUCCAGAAGGAUAAAAUCACACGAAUUGAGAUCUGGGUUAUGCAUGAAAUCGGGGGACCCAACCUGGAAUCCUGUGGAGAAGGCAGUGUGAAAAUCCUGGAAGACAGACUGAAAGGGAUGGGUUUUCAGUACAGCUGUACUAAUAAUCACCUGCCGGUGAAGCUCUUAAUGUGUGUGGACCACAGCAUGCAUCCUGACUGUGCCUUAACUUCGUCCCUUGAAACAGCAAGGAUGGACCAGCUCCCGGCAGUUUCCGAGAGGAUGCACAUGCGUACACACCCACCAAAGUAUAAGCUCAGUGCCUGAUUAAGCUUUGAUUGCGGAAACAUCCACUUCCACAAUGGCUGUUUCCAGUGAACAAGCCACCAGCCACAGGACUGAAGAGCCAGCGUCCAGUCCCCUUUGAGUUUCCUGAGUUUUAGAGAUCUUGGUUGAUUCAAUAACUGCUCAUUCAGGCCACUGUUUUUUCUACUUGCUCUCGCUUUAAAUCCCCUCUCUUAAGUUUUAAAUUCACCAGUAAAGACUGAGUCCCCAAAACCCUAGGCCUUCACCCAUGACCCGAGUAAAAGCAGAACCCCAGACCUGUGUGUGUUCUUGCUCCACCCACAACUUCACUCUGUCCCAGGUACGCUGGGUAAUUUCCGGGUCCUAUAAGUAAUAAACUUUCCCCCCUCAA